CAGUAGGACCGGGGCUGGAGUCAGACUGCACGUCAUCCAGGGUGGCUGCCACUUCGGCCUUGCUGAGUGUGGUGUGCAGGGUCCCCCCGAGUCCUUUGCAAACGAUAGAACAAGUCUGGCUGCUUCCUCCCAGUUUUCCUCAACUGGGAUGAUGAAAAGGAAUGUUGGGGAGGAAGGUCUUUCUCCAAUGCAGCAUCAAAGGCGUGUUUGGGCACCGAUGCUUGUGCUGGAAGAGCUUUAUCAGAGGCUUUUCCCCACUUCAGCCUACGCCCUGGCCACCGCUCCCGCCACCACUGUCUCCACUGUCCACCUGGAGAGGGUGCGGGUGUGCCCUGGGUGGCCACUGAGAAUUUCCUGAUAGUCUUGUAAAAACAUCUGAGCACCCGGGGAUAGAAAGAGCACAGCCAGCGUGACGGUCGUCUGCAUUGGCUGGAAUUUUAUUUUGCCUCUGCAUUCGGUGCAUGACAUGUUGUAGGAGAAGUGAUUCUGACCUGACUUGGACCCCAGGAGAAUAAGCUUUAUUCGUAGAUAUAUUUUAGGGUGGAACUGUGAGGCAAGGAUCACCUGGGGGCUUUGAAGACACUCUCUAGGCCUGGGUCCCCUCCUAGAGAAUUGGGCUCAUCUGGGGCUGGUCUGGGCCUGGGGAACUUGUCAGCGUCCCCUUGCCUUCAGGUAGUUCAGCUGAUGCUGAGAACCCCCGCGGUAGGCUGGCACUUGGCGGUGCUAGGAUGGUGUACUUCCCUCACGCGAUGCCUUUCCAGUGGCCCCUCGGGACCCCUGUGCUUGUGGUCUGCCUGCACUGAAGACUUGGGGAAACUCCUGACCGGAUGGCCCUUAGAUCCAGGACGAGUGAGACCCUCCACCACAGUCCCUAAGGGUUCCUCUAUUACGGGAGCCCGUCUGUUGCAUAAAGGAUUUGGGGCAUUUGUUGCUUGGCAAGCACAGCUCGUGGUUUUUUUCUUUUUGACUCUGCGUUUUGUUACCCACCUAGCUUGCCAGAUCCAGCCUCAAGUGACUGGCUUUCUAGGGGAUGAGAGGGCCUCUCUGAUUGAUUCUGCAGAUCCUUGCUGAGUGGCUGCUGUGUGCUGGCUGUUUGGCACACCACAGAUGACAGGAUACCCAAAGGGGGUAACAGUGAGCGGGCGCACAAACGUAGUGCUCACUGGUUGCCAUUGGUGGCAGGAAGGAAACAGGUGCUGUGACAGAGGGCGGCUGCUGGCUUAGCGAGGACGGCCAGGGAGGCCUCUGCGGACAGGGCGCUCAGCUGGGACCGGGCAGUGAGGCGGAGCCGGGGGCCUGCUCAGGGAGAGCUUGGCUGGUUCUCAGAACUGCCGGGACGGGGCAAGUGAGGACCAGGUCACCCCAGGGCUCAGAGGUCAGGGCCUGAUGAGUUCGGCUCCAUUUUCGCUGAUUCUCAGUUUGAGAAUAGGAGGGUGCCUGUUCCUCUCAGUUCUCUGGGCCUCACUCAGGGCCUGACAAAUCACAGUUGCUUGGUAAGUGUUUAUUGAACACAGAACUGAUUGAGUCAGAAUGAUGGCAUGCACGGGGCAGUGGGUCCUGACGGUGGCCUUGAAUACCUGCCCCUUCCCGUCCAUCAGAUGAGACCAGUCGGAGCAAAAGAUCUCAUCAAUAGUCUGUUUUAUUUAUUUAUAAUUAAAGUGUAAAUUUUGAGAUAAUUGUAGAUUCACAUGCAGCUGUAAGAAAUAACACAAAGAUCCUGUGUAGUCUUCACCCGGGUUCCCCCACUGACAACAUCUUGCAAAAUUCUAGUCCACUCCCAAGCCAGAAUUUUGACACAGAUAUGGUCAGAGCAGGGCACCGUGGCCACGAGGAGCCUUCCUGUCGCCUCGUACAGUCACUUCCCUACCCCCAACCACGAAUCCAUCUCCAUUUCUGUAGUUUUGUCCUUUCAAGAAUGUUGUAUACACAGAAUCUUGGAGGCUGUGACCCUCUGGGCGGGUUUGUUUCUUUCGCUUAGCCUGUCCCCUGGAUCUCCGUCCAAGCUGCACGUGUCUCAGUAGCCCAUUCUUUCUUAGGUCUGUGCUCUGCUCACGGUGUGGGUGUAGUACUGCAUUUAGCCGUUCACCUGCUGAAGGACACCUGGGUGGCUUCAAGCUUUUGAUGACACAGAAGGCCGUUCUGAACAUUCAUGUGCAGGCUUUUGUGUGAACAUAAACUUUCAUUUCUCUGGAAUAAGUGCCCAGGUGUACAAUUUCUGGAUGGUAAGGUAGUUACCUGUUUUGUUUUAAAAGAAAUUGCCGCGCUGUUUUCCAGGGUGGCUGUGCACUGGUUGGCUUGCAUGUUCCCUUAAAUGGCUUCAUCUAAGGAAAGGCUCUUCUGCAGGACCUCUGGAUGCAAUGUACCUGGAGGCCGAGCUGCUGUGGGUAGGGCUUGGGGCGGUGCUGGGAGCCCCCCAGGACCCCUCCACAGUCUGCAGGACCAGGAGCCCAGUUAAACCAGGUCCUUCCAGCCCUCACAGCCCUUGCUGGCUGAAAGCAGCAGUGAGAGAGGGGAGAGUGUUUCCGCCGUGCUAGGUUUAUAGUAUUGAGCUAGAGGCUUUAUUUUCUGUUUGAACUUAAAUUUUGCUUUACCCUGAGCCUAAUCUUGAGGGCCCUGCCCUGUGGGCCGUGCGAGAGAUGCAGACUAUGCAGACUAUGUGAGACCCCCCACUCGGUGGUCAGGGCCUCCUGCUAGAGACCUGCAUCCAAGGCUCUUUCUUUGUUCUCACACGUGUGCGUGUGUGUGCGCGUGUGCGUGCACGCGUGCUGGGAAUUGUGCGCUAGCGCCAAAGGGUAUGGCUGGAGGGGGAGGGGUUGAAGCGGAGGCAGCAAGGCCAGGAACCUACAGUCAGACGAGCAAGAGGAAGGAAGUAGCAGCGAAAAUAGCCUGGGUGGGGCGGGGUGUAGAAAAUAUCAAGGGGAGGGCAGGAUGGCUGGUGUGGGGCUGACGGAGACCUUUGGAGAGAAACGGGGGCAAAUAAGACUUCAAGUCCAGAAAGCGAGGUGGCUGCAGGCUGUGGAGGAGCCCCUCAGCAGCAAGUGGAAAGGGGGCUGAACUAGAAACGCAGAAUGUUCAGCUUAACAAAGAAAUGACGCUGGCCAGCAACCGGAGCCUGGCAGAAGGAAACCUUCUCUACCAGCCCCAGCUGGACUCUCUGAAAGCACGUUUGACCCAAAAAUACCAGGAACUCCAGGUGCUCUUUGAAGCCUAUCAGAUAAAAAAGACCAAAUUAGAUAAACAGUCCAGCAGCGCUUCCUUGGAGACCCUGUUAGCACUUCUGCAGGCGGAAGGGGCCAAGAUCGAGGAGGACACCGAGAACAUGGCAGAGAAGUUUCUCGAUGGAGAGCUUCCCCUGGACUCCUUCAUCGAUGUCUAUCAGAGCAAGCGGAAACUGGCCCACAUGCGAAGGGUUAAAAUUGAGAAGCUCCAGGAGAUGGUGCUGAAGGGGCAGAGACUUCCACAGGGCCUGCCGCCGGCCCCACUGCCCCCCAGGGUGCCCGAGCCAGCGCCCACUGCCCCCCUGCCCUACCCCUCCCCGGAGGCCAGCGGGCCCCCCUCCGCGGUGCCUCGGCGCAUCCCUCCCCCACCGCCCCUGGUGCCUGCGGGACGCUUAGCCACGCCGUUCGCCGCCGCCCUGAGCUCAGGACAGGGCCCCCCGCACCCAGUGGCGCAGUGCCCACCGCUGCCCCCGCGCGGGGGCCUCCCCGCACAGCAGGGCUUCUCCCUGCAGCAGUUUGUGUUGCCACCGUACCCGCCGGCGCUGCCCCAGAGACCCCCGCCCCGGCUGCCUCCGCACCAGCCAGGCUUCAUCCUCCAGUGAGCGGCCCUCGUCCUCCCCGUGAGACUCCCUCGCCGGCGCCUGCUGGCCGGGUCCGCGCACGCAGAUGGAGGCCGUGAGCACCGGCUGCUCUGCCAGGGGCUCUGGUGCUCGGGCCAGGGCGUCCAUCUGGUUGUAGAGCCGUAGGUCAGUGGUAAGCACACGUAGAACCCUGGUUGUGGACAUCUAGGCGGUUGUGCGCUGGGCCUCAGCCGGGCAUCCCGUGGUCGCGCUGGUUUGUGUUCUCGGUAUGAUUCCUCAGUCUGGCGUUGAAUUUGUGAGUUUGGGGAAAGUCGUCGUCUCCCCCCCUCCCCCCACCGCCUCCGUUCUCACGUAGGAUCGUGGUCCUCCCGUUGCAGCUUUAUUUAAUAAGCAUGGUUCAUCAUUUCUGCUUUAUUUUCAAGACAGUCCUGUGGGUUCCAGCCCACUGCCCACCGCGGCCUCUGGUGGGGGCCGGUCGGGUGGGCCAGCCCGGAAGGUGCUUCCUGAACCCGUGUGGGGCGGGCAGUCCUCAGAGUCCCUCCCUCCCCCGAGCCUGGAUGCUUCAAAGCCACCCUCGGAGUUUGCACUCGGCCCCCUGCCACGUCCAGGGGCCGGGCGAGCUGCGGCGGGUGAGGAGGUGGCCGGGAGCUGAACUUGGCACAGCAGAUGACGGCCCCAGCUCCUCCUCUGCCUCCGCCUCGAGCCAGCCCGAGGCUCUCUAUGAAGAAGUACUCCUCCAAUAUUUUUACUAUGUGUGUGAUUUUCCUGUUUUAUAUUGGGAAAGAAAACUUUUUUGACACUCAUAAGACCAUUCAGGGAAACUUUAUGAAAAAUGCACAUACUGUUCUGAGCAGGUUGAGAGUGCAGAUGAAGUGAACGCAGUUUCCUUUCUUGCAAGCAGUGCACGGUCGCCCCCGCGGGGCCCGUGCUGUGCCUUAGCUUACCUGGUGCCAGGAGUGGCCGGACAGGCGCUGGGGCGGCGUCACCGGCCGCUGCUGCCCCGGCGGCUCUGCGUUCCGGGAGGGGCUUGUCUGCGUUCCUUGUUGUGUUGCAGGUGGAAGAAAAGCCCACCCACCUUGAACCAGAAUGCCCUUAGCCAAUAUUCUCUGCCUCUGGCUGGGCCUUGGGGCAGGGGUGUGACAGAGGGAUGCCAGCAGCGUCUCAGCUCAGUCUGGAGAAAGCCUGUCCCUCAGUGUUAGGGAGGUACCAACAAUCUCCGAUGCUCUGGCAACACCCCGGGCUGUGCCUGCCCCCUGGGUUCUCAUCCGCACACGUGCCACGUGUGCCGGAUUCCCAGGGCCCCAGGCGGGGCUGGGGGUAGCGUUGCCGCCCACCUGUUGACCAAAAAAGGCCCGUGUGCUCAGUUGUGGAACUCCUGACUCUGGCCUGUGACUCCCCAACUGGCUGCUGCCCAGGUGACAGAAUCCAGGCAGAGCUCAAAUGGGGUCUGUCCCGGCAGGCCCUGGGCGAGGCCACCAACCUUUGUCCUCAGUUACUGUACAUUUCUACUCCUGGACUUGAACUCCUGCUGUAUUGUAAUUGUUUUUAAAGAGAACAGCUGUAUAGGACGAUUUACUGCCCUGCCAAUCAGGUGGGCCUGUUAACGCCUGUGUCUCUCGAGAGUGGUGCCACCCAGCCCUUACCUCUGCCGCCUGCAAGGGGCGCAGCCAAACGUGUGCGCUCGGUGUUGAUGUGGGGGAGGGGCCGCCAGGCUGGCCUUGCCGUCUCCAGGGCCACAUCUGAACUGUGCUUGUAAAGCUGUUAAGACCCCUUUUAAUAAAUAGAGAAUUGUUAAUAA